UGGAGAUGGAAAUUGUAUGAGUUGUAAGGGAAGCAACUUAUGUGAAUGAAAGAAAUGAAAGGAAGUCAAGAAAUCUCAAAAACACCUUCGUCUUCCAAGAAGGAACUCAGAUCCUAUGCAAAAUCUGGAUGAUUGAUGGAUUAACAUAAUAGUAGUUAAUCAAGAGAGAGAAUAUCAAUGGUUAAUAUAUCUCCUGCAGAGACAGCAGAGGAUCUAUGUUCUUUCAGAAGGUGAGAACACUGUCAAGUCAGGGUUCAGUGGAUAUAUACGCGGCGCAAUGCAAAAACUGCUUGAAAUGGAGAGUGAUUGAUACACAGGAAGAGUUUGAAGAGGUUAGAAGUAAAGCCACUGAGGAACCUUUCGUUUGCAGCAGAAAGGCUAAUUGUUCCUGUGAUGAACCUGCUGAUAUUGAAUAUGAUUCCACUCGAACGUGGGUCAUUGACAAACCUAACCUCCCAAAAACUCCACAAGGUUUUAGGAGGAGCUUGGUACUUAGAAAAGAUUACUCCAAAUUGGACGCUUACUACGUCACACCUUCUGGCAAAAAACUAAGAACCCGCAAUGAGAUAGGAGCGUUUCUAAAAGAUAAUCCAGAAUUCAAAGGUGUUAGUGUUACAGAUUUUGAUUUUUCUUCCCCAAAGAUAAUGCAGGACACCAUCCCAGAGAUAGUUGAGCAGAGGGAUUCUGCUAGCAAGAAAGCUAAGAUAGCCAAAGGUGAUGUUUGAGGAAUAUUAUCUCAAGUUUGCAUGGUGCAAAGAUGUUGAUUCUGGUUGGUUUGUUGGAUAUUACUUUAGAGAUUGUUGUAAAAUCAUGCGUACGAACGAAUUUUGUUCAUGCCUUUGUAUUAUAUUUUAAUUUUAGUUUUAAUGUUAAUGUUAAUGUUAUUAUCA